AGAAUCGGCUCAGUUUUUCUGCUGUUGAUAUAAAAACUAAGCAAUCUGCAAUCGACGGUUAGUCGAAUUGGGCACUUCGUAUUGAAAGUUGUACAUUUUACACCAUGCUUUGGAAAGUAAUCGGCGAUUUAAUAACCAUGACUUGCGCUGGCCUAACAAUUGCAGUGUAUCUCUACGUGGAAAAACUUCGAAAUGUGCUCGGAAAGUGCAUUGUCAGCAACCUUUGCUGUUUGCUCAUCAUUUCUCUGGAUAGAAUUGCUGAUAAUAUGGUUAAAUUUAUCGAUAUGCCUCCAAUAUUAGAUAACGUUGUCGUUGACUUCGCAUUCGCUUACUAUCUCUGGUUUUCUAUCAUUAGCUAUCACCUGUGGAAAUUGCUAACGUCACUUAGUUGCGCUGAAAAUCCUAAUCAGUUUCGGAUCUACAGCAUCUUUGUCUGGGUCACAACUUCUAUUUAUGUUUCAGCCUUAUAUAUAAUGCGACGCUAUUUAAACAUCAGUUCAGAAACGGCAAGUCUCAUGAUAUGUUUGCCUAAAUGUGUCGCAUAUGGCUUCAACGUUGUAAUGUUUAUCCUAACGGCUCACUACAUGAUCAAAGUGAAAAGAGAACUGAACCGGUAUAAGGUACAGGAGGAGACGACGGUGACCUGCCUUGAUAUCGACAGUCAGACUUAUCUACAGUUUGUGCGAAUCUCUGCCUUGAUGGGCGUGUCUUAUAUCAUUUUCGCAAUUUUUUACUAUAUUAGACAAAGUUAUUUUAAUGAACGGCCAUUUUGGGUUGUCAUCUGUUUCGAUCGCUUUUAUGGUGCUUUCAUUUUUUUGAUGCUCAUUCCAAGGCGCAGCACACUUAGCCUGCUAGUGGACAGCUUUGCAGCGCAAGCUUAAAAGUUUCACCGAAAUGCUCCGCAGUCCUCAUUUUAUUAUCUACACAACACCAAAAAUAAUUAUUG